UAAAUGUUUCUUUAAAUUCGAAGUAACUGGUUAUUUUAUUUUGGUGCUAAAAGGAAUAGGAAAGCGAAAAUGCAAAUGUAUAUCGACUGUAAAACUGAAAACGAAGGAGGAAUUCCUGAGUGGGCGUUGGUUGAGCUCCAGGGUCUUAUUCAGAUGAAAAAAGAAGGAGUCACAGAAGCAACGGUUGUUGGCGAUCUGCAUUACUACAAUAGAAACAAACAUCCCGUUUUAGUCCUUGGCCACCAUAUUCUCAAUGGUAAAGAACAAAAACUUGAGCAACCAAUGGCAGUCAUUGAAAAAGUUAUUGUAGAUGACAAAACUAAUUAUAAAGUAAAGGCUGUUAUCAGAAAGAAAUUGUUAUUCAAAUCUAGACCUAAGCCUAUUAUUUCUAAUGUAGCAGAAAAAGUGUGAUAAUAGUUUGUGUAAUAAAGUUAAUCUUAAAUGUG